CCCUGAAUUUGCUGCAUCAAAUUGGCAACAUGGUUUGUUGAAGCGGCUUCGUGAGUGAAUUCUGACGUGCGUCAAUUUGCAGUGCUGGUUUUUUGUAAAUUUAACUAGUUUUUUGUGAAUUAAUCAAUUGAAAUUUGUAAAUAUUCGUGAAAAUGGCUUCUGAAGAUGAGAAUGAUGAUACCUUUCAAGAAGAGGAGGAGGCACUCGAUGAGUCUGCACAAGUAGCUGAACUGUCAAAUGAUUCCGAUGCACCUCUGAAGCCGAAUAAUGAUGAAGACGAUGAUUAUGAUCCCGAUGAUAAUCGCAAAAAGAAAAAGGGCAAAAAGCGUAAAACUAAAAAGGGCGAAGAGAAGGGCCGCAAGAAAAAGAAGCGUAGAAAGAAUGAUAGUGAUGAUGAUAGUGAUUUUAUGCAACAUGACGAGGAGGUCGAUUAUGGUAGUACAACAAAGCGUGGACGUAAACGUAAGGAAGCGGAAAAGGCGUCUACAAAGGAAAAGGAGUCUAAUUCAUCAGGCAUGCCAUCUGUAGAGGAUGUUUGCUUCGCAUUUGAUGUCACCGAUGUUGAAAUUCAAUACAGCGAAUCUGAUAUGCAAAAUAUAACAUCGUACAAAUCAUUUACCCAACAUGUACGUCCUAUAUUGCAAAAGGAGAAUCCGAAAAUACCAGCACCGAAAUUAAUGAUGUUGGUAGCAGCCAAAUGGCGUGAAUUUUGCGAGGCUAACCCUAAUUUGCAAGCGAAUCAGGGACGUAGUACGGGUGGUGAAGAGGCUGAAGAGCCACGUUCGUCACGAUCUUCGCGCAACGAAAAGCCGGACGAUAUAUAUGAAGAAGAAGAAGAGGAAGAAGAUGAGGAAGAGGAAAAAGAAACAUCACGUUCCCGUCGCAAACGUGGCGGUCGUUCGAGUAGCAAAAAAGGCAGACGUGCGGGCAAAGUACCAACACUAAAAAUCAAAUUCGGCAAACGUAAGCGCGGAAGUUCCGAUGAGGACCAGGAUGCUAGCGGGGCAUCAGAACGUGAUUCCGAUUUGGAAUUCGAGAAAAUGUUGCAAAAAUCCGAUGAAAGUACCGAUGAGAAAGAGGCUCCCGCACCCGCCGAAAAAGUGGAAGCACCUGUAGACGAUGCAACUGCUGCACCUGUUGUACGCAAGAAAGCAAAAACUAAAAUCGGCAAUAAAUUUAAGAAGAAGAAGAAGAUGAAGACCACCAGUCGUUUUCCGGAUGGAGAGGAAGGCGAACAUGAACAUCAAGAUUAUUGUGAAGUUUGUCAACAGGGUGGUGAAAUCAUACUCUGCGAUACAUGUCCACGUGCUUAUCAUUUGGUAUGCUUAGAACCAGAAUUGGAUGAAGCACCCGAGGGCAAGUGGUCAUGUCCGCAUUGUGAGGCUGAUGGUGGUGCCGCCGAGGAGGAAGAUGACGACGAACAUCAAGAAUUCUGUCGCGUUUGUAAAGAUGGCGGCGAACUUCUGUGCUGCGAUUCGUGUCCAUCAGCCUAUCACACUUUUUGUCUCAAUCCACCACUUGAUACAAUACCAGAUGGUGAUUGGAAAUGUCCACGCUGUAGUUGUCCGCCACUUUCCGGCAAGGCAGAGAAAAUCAUUACCUGGCGUUGGAAUGAGUUGAAUGAACCUUCAACAUCGAAGAAAGCUAAGCCCACACGAAUGCGUGAGUACUUUGUGAAAUGGCACAACAUGUCCUAUUGGCAUUGCGAAUGGGUUUCUGAGGUGCAGAUGGAUGUACACCAUCCACUUAUGAUUCGUUCAUAUCAACGUAAAUAUGAUAUGGAGGAGCCGCCUAAAUUCGAAGAAUCAUUGGACGAGGCGGACUCGCGUUUCCAACGUAUACAACGCCAUAAGGCCAAAGGUGGUAUACAAGUCGAGGAUGAGAAUGAGGAGUACAAAAAGGACCUAGAGGAACGUUUUUAUCGCAAUGGUGUCAAACCUGAAUGGUUAAUUGUGCAACGCGUUAUUAAUCAUCGUACUACACGCGACGGCACCACAAUGUAUUUGGUGAAAUGGCGCGACUUGCCAUAUGACAAGUCUACUUGGGAAGAUGAAACAGAUGAUAUUCCCGGCCUAAAGCAGGCUAUUGAUUAUUAUCAAGAUUUACGUUUAGCUUGCACCUCAGAGUCGAGCACUUCACGUGUGGGGAAAAAAGGUAAAAAGGGGCGCAGAUCGAAGGUAAAGGAGCUGGAAGAUGAAGAGCGUGUACAACGACGCUUCACGCCGCCACCAGAAAAACCCACUACGGACUUGAAGAAGAAAUACGAGGGUCAACCACAGUUCUUAGAAGAGACUGGCAUGCAACUGCAUCCCUAUCAAAUAGAAGGUAUAAACUGGUUGCGUUAUUCAUGGGGCCAAGGCAUAGAUACUAUAUUGGCUGAUGAGAUGGGUCUCGGCAAAACUAUACAAACGGUCACUUUCUUGUAUUCGCUAUACAAAGAAGGUCACUGUAAAGGACCUUUCUUGGUAGCUGUGCCACUGUCUACCAUCAUAAAUUGGGAACGUGAAUUCGAAUUGUGGGCACCGGACUUUUAUUGCAUCACAUAUGUUGGCGACAAGGACUCGCGUGCUGUUAUACGGGAGAAUGAGCUGACGUUUGAAGAGGGCGCAAUACGUGGUGGUAAGGCAUCACGUUUACGUACCACCCAAUUCAAGUUCAAUGUGUUGUUGACCAGUUACGAGUUAAUCUCGAUGGACGCUGCUUGCCUAGGCUCGAUCGACUGGGCGGUGUUGGUUGUUGAUGAGGCUCAUCGCCUGAAGAGUAAUCAAAGUAAAUUCUUCCGCAUACUAAACAGCUACAACAUUGCAUACCGAAUGCUACUCACCGGUACACCAUUACAAAACAAUCUGGAGGAACUGUUUCAUUUGCUGAACUUCCUUAGUCGCGACAAAUUUAGCGAUUUGAAUGCUUUCCAAAACGAGUUUGCUGAUGUGUCAAAGGAAGAACAGGUGAAGCGUUUACAUGAAAUGCUUGGACCUCAUAUGUUGCGUCGUCUUAAGGCUGAUGUGCUGAAGAAUAUGCCCUCGAAGUCGGAGUUUAUUGUGCGUGUAGAACUAUCCGCUAUGCAAAAGAAAUUCUACAAAUUCAUUUUGACCAAAAAUUAUGAAGCACUUAAUUCGAAGAGUGGCGGUAAUUCUUGCUCACUCAUCAACGUCAUGAUGGAUUUGAAGAAAUGUUGUAACCAUCCUUAUUUGUUCCCAUCAGCAGCCGAAGAAGCAACAACCACAGCGGGUGGAAUGUAUGAAAUAAAUUCACUAAUAAAAGCUGCGGGCAAAUUAGUUCUACUUUCGAAAAUGUUAAAACAACUGAAGGAGCAAGGUCAUCGUGUGCUGAUAUUUUCUCAGAUGACGAAAAUGCUGGACAUUUUAGAGGAUUUCCUUGAAGGCGAAGGAUACAAGUAUGAACGCAUCGAUGGUGGUAUCACCGGCAAUUUGCGACAAGAGGCUAUUGAUCGCUUCAAUGCGCCAGGCGCACAACAAUUCGUUUUCUUGCUCAGUACACGUGCUGGUGGUUUGGGUAUCAACUUGGCUACCGCUGAUACGGUCAUCAUCUACGAUUCCGAUUGGAAUCCCCACAAUGACAUUCAGGCAUUUUCACGUGCCCAUCGUAUUGGACAGGCAAACAAGGUGAUGAUUUAUCGUUUUGUAACGCGCAACUCUGUUGAGGAACGUGUUACACAGGUGGCAAAACGUAAAAUGAUGUUGACUCAUUUAGUCGUGCGUCCCGGCAUGGGCGGUAAAGGUGCGAAUUUCACAAAACAAGAACUGGAUGAUAUUUUACGUUUCGGUACUGAGGAACUCUUUAAAGAAGAUGAUAAGGAAGAAGCAAUUCACUAUGAUGAUAAGGCAGUAGCUGAACUGCUUGAUCGUUCUAAUCGUGGUAUUGAAGAGAAAGAAUCUUGGGCUAACGAAUAUUUGUCCUCGUUUAAAGUUGCUUCGUAUGCUACCAAAGAGGAGGAUGAAGAAGAAGAAACUGAAAUUAUUAAACAGGAAGCUGAAAAUUCUGAUCCUGCCUAUUGGGUAAAAUUAUUGCGCCACCACUACGAACAACAUCAGGAGGAUGUAAGUCGUACACUUGGUAAAGGUAAACGUGUACGCAAGCAAGUGAACUAUACAGAUGGCGGCGUCGUGCCAGCUGAUACAACACGCGAUGAUGGUAACUGGCAAGAUAAUGCUUCGGAAUAUAAUUCUGAUUACUCAGCCGGCUCGGAUGAGGAUGGUGGCGAUGACGACUUCGACGAACAGAAUGGUGGAGCAGAUGGCCGUAAAGCCAAGCGUCGUAUGGAACGGCGCGAUGACCGUCCAUUGCCACCAUUAUUAGCUCGCGUUGGAGGUAAUAUUGAAGUGUUGGGUUUCAAUGCGCGCCAACGGAAGAGUUUUCUCAACGCUAUUAUGCGUUUCGGCAUGCCACCACAGGAUGCAUUCAAUUCACAAUGGUUGGUACGUGAUUUGCGGGGCAAAUCUGAGCGUAAUUUCAAAGCUUACGUAUCGCUAUUCAUGCGUCAUCUUUGCGAACCGGGCGCAGAUAACGCAGAGACCUUUGCGGACGGUGUACCUCGUGAAGGUUUGUCUCGCCAACACGUGUUAACACGUAUAGGCGUUAUGUCACUGAUACGCAAGAAAGUGCAAGAGUUCGAACACAUCAAUGGCUACUAUAGUAUGCCCGAGUUGAUAUUGAAGCCUUGCGAACCUGUACGCGGACAAUUAGGUGGACCGAAGAUAGUGGAUGGUCAGACUGUUGUUGGUGGUGCUGUUGAGACUGAGGGCUCGAAAGCGACUGAAGACAAAAGUGCAACAACUAGUACAAGCGCUACUCCAGCUACCAGUGCUGCGCCGAGUCCCGCGCCAGUAUCUGAAAAGGGCGAAGAUAAAUUAUCCGCUGCAGGUACAACAGCGACAAAUGAUGAUAUCAAAAAGGAAACUGAAUCAGGCGGUGAUAAAGAGCAGAAGCCUGAAACAAGUGGAGAACCUAAAGAUGAACAAAAAGUCGAAGGGUCCGGUAAUGAUGUGAAAUUCGAGAAGCAGGAUGAAAAAGAUAAGACUGGCGCUGACCUUAGCAAGGACAUCAAAGUGGAAACAGGCGAAAGCGGUGAUGUUAAAAAAGAAGGCAGCGAAUCUGGUAACGGAGCUAAAGAUGUAAAGGACUCUAAGGAAGAUGCGAAUAAAACCGUAAAGGAGGAUGGCAAGCCGGAACAAAAACCUAAGGAUGAACCGACAACAACAAUCAUCGAUGACGAUGAUGAUGACGUGAUGAUCGUCAAGGAAGACGGUGAAUUAGAGAAGCCAUCGACAUCAGCGAGCAAUGCAAGCAAUAGCGCCAAGGAUCAGAAACCGAAAAUUGAGGAAAGUCUUGAAGUAUUGAAACGUAAAUUUAUGUUCAAUAUUGCCGAUGGUGGCUUCACCGAGCUGCACACACUCUGGUUAAAUGAGGAAAAAGCCGCAGUGCCCGGACGUGAAUACGAAAUUUGGCAUCGUCGUCAUGACUAUUGGUUACUUGCGGGUAUAGUGACACAUGGCUAUGGCCGUUGGCAAGAUAUACAAAACGAUAUACGUUUUGCCAUCAUUAAUGAACCUUUCAAAAUGGAUGUUGGCAAAGGAAAUUUCUUAGAGAUCAAGAACAAGUUCUUGGCACGCCGCUUUAAACUGCUCGAACAAGCAUUAGUUAUUGAAGAGCAGUUGCGUCGCGCUGCCUUUUUGAAUUUGGCGCAAGAUCCUAAUCAUCCGGCGAUGUCGUUGAAUGCUCGUUUCGCAGAAGUCGAGUGCUUGGCUGAAUCACAUCAGCAUUUGAGCAAGGAAUCGCUAGCUGGCAACAAACCAGCCAACGCUGUGCUGCACAAGGUUCUCAAUCAACUGGAAGAGCUGUUGUCCGAUAUGAAGAGUGACGUUUCACGUCUACCAGCCACAUUGGCGCGCAUACCGCCCGUUGCACAACGCCUGCAAAUGUCGGAGCGUUCGAUAUUGUCACGUUUAGCUGCAACUGCGGGCAAUGCUUCAAAUGCGGCUCAACUAAUGGCACAGUUUCCAGCCGGUUUUCAAGGAACUACGCUGCCUGCAUUUGCUGGCGGACCAGCGGGAAAUUUCUCCGCGUUCAGACCGCAAUUUUCCGUACCCGGUCAGUUGUCGACCACAUCGAGCGGCACCCCCACAAACAAUUAAAUAUCAUUUCGUGUGUUUUCUUUUAAUGCGACAUAAAUUUAUUUUUCUUAUUAUAAUAUUUAAUUUUAAAAUUUUAUCUCUUGUCUUAUCUUCGUAAACAUACAGAUGAUACAUAUACUUAUGUUUAGUAGUAAUUAUUCGAAAUACAUAAAAUAACUAAAAUAUAAUUUUAUUGAACAAAAUUUUAUUUGUAGCAUUAUAGUAAUAAUUUGUUUCUGGAAUACUUAUACAACGGAGCAAAAACUUUUGCUUUUCGCAUGCUCCACAGCAUCUAUAGUCGAGUUUCCUAUAUACCAUACAAAUGAGAGGUCAAAAUGAUACCACUUGCCUAAUAUAAGGAGUUUCUUGAAUAUUCCAAAAAGUGGCGGAUAGUAAGAGCUUUAGCUAACGGUCCAAACGCUCAUUUGAAAAGUGGACUCUCUUGUUCUUGAGUGGUAGAUCAAAGUAUAACCUUGCAAAAAAAAAAAAACUUUCAUGAAGCACAAUAGACAACAACGCUUAUUGCUUUAGUACAGGCGCAACAUCCAAGAAAAGGAAUAAAUAAUAAUAAAACAGUAAACCAUAAAAUUUAUAUUACAUACUACAUCCAUUCAUACAUUCAUACAAUAUAUCAAUAUAAUCGUACAUACAUUUUGAAAUAUUUAAAUCUCAAUGUUCCAUCUAAUUCAAUCAAUAGGAAAAACAAACAAUAUCAAAAAAUAGAUUUUUAUGUGUUUUAAAGUAAAGUAUUUAUCAGAUCCAAUUACUAAGUAGUAUUUCUCAUUCAAAAAGACACAUAUUAAUUAUGAUAUGAUACAAUUUUAUUGUAACAACCAUAAACAUUUACUUCAUCUAUAAAUAAAUGGGAGAAAUGAAAAA